AUGUCUCGACUUACUGCGGAACAAAUUGCAGAUUUUCUAAACAGUGAAAAUGAACAAAGUGAUGGUGGUGAAUUAUUUAGUGAAAGUGAUACAGAAUAUGAACCUGAAGAAGAUAAUCUCAGUGCUGCACUCACCGAGUCUUCUGAAAGCGACAGUGAUGAAAUAUCAAAUGCAGAGGAAUCUUCUGAUUCAUUGAUAUCAAAAGAUGGGACAUCUUGGAGUACAACACCCCUGAUUGAAGUUGGGUUAGCUCAUUUUUCAAAGAUAUUUGUUGAGAUGCCAAGAAUCAAUGUGCAUGGUAACAUUGGUCGGAAUUCUCACAGCAGAAGGAGAAUACGAAAUUUCAGAGCACGUCAAACAGAAAGGGAAAGUGUUAUUGAGAGGGUAUCAGCUCGAAAUAGACUGCUGGAGAAUCGUGCGCACCAGUUAGAAGAUGUAAACCAAACUUACAAUCAGGAAGAACGAUUGAGAAGAAGGGAAGUUCACAAUCAGCAAGAACGAUUGAAAAGAAGGGAAGUUCGUGCUCGCGAAAGUGAUGAAGUAAGAUUACAACAUGCGAUUAUUCGACGACAACAGCGGCAACAACAAGUUUCUUUGGUGAACACUGAACGGGCAGGCUUUCGAUAUGAGCCAAACAUUCAAUAUAGCGCAUCUGUUCAAAUCGGUCAAAUGUCAGUAGUUUGUCAAUAUUACAAUGCAGUCAAAUUUCAAAAAGAACCGCCAGGAUUAUGUUGCGCGGCGGGAAAGGUUAAGUUGCCAGAAUUGCUUCCACCACCAGAGCCAUUGUUCCAGCUGCUUUACGGUGAAUCUCCCAACUCGAGGCAUUUCUUACAGCACACUAAAAUGUACAACGAUUGUUUUCAAAUGACGUCGUUUGGCGGUGAAAUUGUAAAUGAACAAAACUACAAUGCAACGUUUAAGGUUCAUGGGCAAAUUUUUCAUCUCGCUGGAUCGCUGUUGCCGCAUCCAGAUCAAGAACACAAAUAUCUCCAAAUUUACUUUCUGGGAGAUUCACAUGAUGAACUAAAUCGACGUUGUACUAUCUUCAAUGCAACGAAAAUAGAAAUAAUCGAUCAAUUGCAGCAAAUGUUACACGAACACAAUGACCUUAUCAAACUGUUUACGAUUUCGUUGGAACGUAUGCCAACAGAUGAUCAUAGCAUAAUCAUACAUGCGGACAACAGACCAACAGGAACUCAUGAAAGACAAUAUAAUGCACCUACAGUUAGCGAAAUAUCAGUUGUUGUUGUUGGAGAAAAUUUGGAGUCGCGUGAUAUUGUCAUAAAACGUAGAACUGAAAACGCACUAAAGCGGAUAAGUGAGACACAUCGGUCUUACGACGCAAUGCAAUAUCCGCUCAUGUUCUGCCGUGGGGAAGACGGAUAUCACUUAGGCUAUAAGAUGAUAAAUCCAAUGAAUGGUGUCGAGACAAAUAAAAAGGUCAGUUCAAUGAACUUUUACGCAUAUCGAAUGAUGAUUCGACAAAACUAUGACAACCACUUACUGAGAUAUCGACGAUUAUUCCAACAGUAUGCAGUUGAUAUGUACGUUAAAGUUGAGACAGAACGACUUAAUUACAUUCGAUACAAUCAGUCGAAGUUGCGAUCUGAAGAGUAUGUUCACUUACGAGAUGCGAUGAAUAGUGAUGCGGAUAUUACAGAUAUUGGUCGACUCACUAUUUUGCCAUCGACAUACAUUGGCAGUCCUAGACACAUGCAUGAGUACUCCCAGGACGCGAUGACUUACGUGCGCAAUUAUGGACGACCGGAUUUGUUUGUAACAUUUACUUGCAAUCCAAAAUGGCCAGACAUUACGAAUCUGUUGCAUCCCGGCCAAUCACCAAGCGAUCACCACGACGUCACAGCACGAGUGUUUAAACAAAAACUCAGAUGUUUGAUGGACUUCAUUACGAAACAACGUGUAUAUGGUACUGUUCGAUGCUGGAUGUACUCAGUGGAGUGGCAGAAGAGAGGUUUACCCCACGCACACAUUCUGCUUUGGAUGGUGGAGAAAAUUACACCUGACCAAAUUGAUGACAUAAUUUCCGCUGAAAUUCCUGAUGUUGAUAUAGAUCCAGAGUUGCACGAAGUGGUGAUGGCCAAUAUGGUUCAUGGGCCAUGCGGACAACACGAUCCAUCUUCGGUUUGUAUGUCGGACAAUAAAUGCAAAAAACGCUAUCCACGUGAUUUUAUUUCGGAAACUCAAACUGGAAACGAUGGAUACCCUCUCUAUCGGCGUCGCUCACCCGCUGACAAUGGCAGAACAUCCAUCACUCAAUUGAAAGGAAAGAAUUUCUUGGUUGAUAACACACGGAUCGUUCCAUAUUCGCCUAUUUUGUCUAAGGCAUUCAAAACACAUAUAAAUGCUGAGUAUUGCAGUUCAAUAAAGUCAAUUAAGUAUGUUUGCAAAUACGUCACCAAAGGAAGCGAUAUGGCGGUUAUUGGCGUGGAACGAGAUGAAAUUAGCAAAUUUCAAAUGGGCAGAUAUGUCAAUUGCAAUGAAGCAAUCUGGAGAAUAUUUUCAUUUGCAAUACAUGAACGCCAUCCGACUGUUGUGCAUCUGGCAGUUCAUUUGGAGAAUGGCCAACGAGUUUAUUUCAACGCAGAGAACAUAGUACAGCGAGUGGAAAGACCACCAGCAACCACUUUAACAAGUUUCUUUGCAACUUGCGCCAGUGAUCCGUUCGCGAGAACAUUGCUUUACUCUGAGAUGCCUCGGUAUUAUACAUGGAAUGCAUCGUCGAAGAAAUGGUUACGCAGGAAGUACGGCCAUCCAGUAGAUGGUUAUCCAGGUGUUUUUUCAACUGAUGCAUUGGGAAGAAUUUACAGUAUCCAUCCAAAGAACGAUGAUUGCUUUUACCUACGUUUGCUUCUGGUCAAUGUACGCGGUUCAACUUCAUUUCAAUCUUUGAGGACUGUAGAUGGUACCAUUUGUGCAACAUUUCGAGAAGCAUGUCAACAUUUGCAAUUGCUUGAACACGACAGUCACUGGAAUCAAACGCUAGCGGAUGCAAUAGCUUCCUCACCAGCCACUGCAGUUCGUGCACUUUUCGCUAUAAUAAUUUCGACAUGUCAGCCUUCAAACCCGCGUCUAUUAUGGGAUACGUACAAAGAUGACAUGGCAGAAGAUAUUUUGCACCGCUUGCGACUCGCGACAAGAAAUUUCGAGUUGCAAAUGAACGCUGACAUCUACAAUGAAGCAUUAGUCCUUAUUGAAGAUUUAUGUUUACUCAUGAGUGGAAAACUAUUGAUUGAAGUUCAUAUGCCAGCGCCAAGUCGUCAAGCAAGGGAUGUACUGAAUCGCGAAUUGGAACGCGAGCGUGCUUACGAUAUAACUCACUUGCAACAACAGGUACAAACAAAUUUUCCACUGUUGAAUGAACAGCAAAGCAGUGCGUACAAUCAACUAAUAAAUGCUGUAGAUAAUGGAAACGGUGGCAUAUUUUUUCUCGAUGCGCCCGGCGGGACCGGUAAAACGUUCCUAUUGUCUUUAAUACUAGCAGCAAUACGUGGUCAAAGUGGUAUUGCAUUAGCUUUUGCAUCUACCGGGAUUGCGGCAACACUGUUGGAAGGUGGAAGAACGGCACAUUCAGCAUUAAAGCUUCCAUUAAACUUGCAAAUACACGAAAGUCCUGUUUGCAAUAUUUCAAAGCAAUCAGCAAUGGCACAAGUUUUAAAAAACUGUAAAUUUAUCAUAUGGGAUGAAUGCACAAUGGCCCACAAACGAUCAUUAGAAGCACUCGACCGAAUAUUGAGAGAUUUGCGCAAUAAUGAUNAAGCACUCGACCGAACAUUGAGAGAUUUGCGCAAUAAUGAUCGUUGCUUUGGAGGAGUGAUGAUAUUGCUGGCGGGCGACUUCAGACAAACACUACCCGUGAUUCCAAAAUCAACAGCGGCGGAUGAGCUAAACGCAUGUCUGAAGUCAUCGCAUUUGUGGAGGUUUGUUAAAACCAUUUCAUUGACCAUCAAUAUGCGAGUUUUGCUGCAACACGAUAGAACUGCAGAGGUUUUUUCAAAAGAGCCGCUGCGAAUCGGCAAUGGACAAGUUCCGAUAGAUCCUUGCAGUGGAUUAAUAUCGAUUCCAACUGCGAUUUGCCAAUUCGCUUCAAGUAAGGAUGAACUAAUUAGCAGUGUAUAUCCAAAUAUCGCUCAAAAUUAUGGUAACUACGAAUGGUUAGCCGCACGCGCAAUUUUAGCAGCAAAAAAUAUUGAUGUCAACGACUUGAAUUGGACGAUUCAAAAUCAAAUUCCGGGAGAUCUGCGUUCUUAUAAAUCUAUUGAUCGCGUUGAAAAUGAAGACGAAGUAGUAAAUUACCCAGUGGAGUUCUUAAACUCUCUGGAUUUGCCUGGAAUGCCUCCUCAUCAUUUGCGUCUCAAAGUUGGGUCAGUUGUUAUUAUGCUACGCAAUCUUCAUGCUCCAAACUGUGCAAUGGUACACGACUGA